AUGAGCGAAGAUAUUUUAUCCAAGGUGGGAGACCCCCACAAUGGGAAAUCAGAUGUGGGGAGUUUUUCAAAGGAGAGUGCGGACGCUGACUCCCCUAGUAUAGAUACGAACAACGCAGGAUCCCCCACAGUAAUGAGCUUUAACAUGGAAACAAGGAACAACAUCAAGUAUGCAGGAAUCUGCAUCUAUAACAUGAAUACGAAUGAGUUUUCCCUCUGUGAAUACAUCGAAAAUGAACACUUCACCAUUUUAGAAUCAUUGUUGAUACAGUGCAGACCUACGUGCUUCUUAUACCUCUCCAAUAACGAUAAACUGGACGAUAAAAGGAUCAAACUAAUACUAAGUUUGUGUGAAGUAAAAUAUAGAGAGUUAGGAAGGGCUGAUUUUUACAACACAUGUUCAAUGGAAAAUGAUCUAAGUAAGUUAUUAAAACCAACAGAAGACGUGAAGAAUUGUAUCUCCUUUUUUAAAUUGAAGUUGGCUUGUCGGUCAUUCACCAGUAUCGUCAAACAUAUGAACCUUCUCAAUGAUUACAGUGCUACCAACAAAUGUCUACUAACAAACUACAAUAUAAAUCGAUACCUAAAACUUGACAGAGCAGCGACGAUCGCUCUGAAUGUUCAUGAAGAGCAUAUGCUAGGAGAAAAAAAGACAAGCUGCAAAAGAGGGACCAACAACACUCUCUACACGUUCUUAAACAAAUGCAAAACAAAAAUAGGGGAACGAAAGCUUCUACAGUGGGUAAUGCACCCGAUAAGGGACGAAGCGAAAAUUAAUGAAAGGCUAGACAUGGUCAGCAUAUUAAAAGAGGACGGAGUGAUGAGAUCCAUGAUACAGUCGGAUUAUCUUCGAAAAAUUAGCGACCUCGAUGUUAUAAUUAAGAAAUUAAAAAUUGUUAACAGUACCACGGGUGAAGGGAAGGAAGAAAACGUCGCGCGUAGAAUAGGGGGAGGAAAAGUUAAGGGGGGAAAAAACAUGUGCACUAUUGAAGAUUUGGUAAAAAUGUACGAUUCUGUAGUGGUGUCGAAACGGAUCUACUACUGCUUAAACGAUUACGCAGGUAAGUAUAGGAACACGUUGGAGAAGAACUUUCUGACGCCACUAAAGGAGGUGCUAAUCAGCCUGGACUCCUUCGUAAAGCUAAUCGAACUAACGGUAGACUUCGACGAAUUAUCAAACAACAACUUUUUAAUAUCUCGUAAAUUCGACGAACAGCUAGAAAAACUAGCUAGCGAAAAGGAUGAAACGUUAAGAAUGAUAAAGGAGCACAGACAAGAAGUGGAAGACGACAUUAAUAAUCUCAAAGGAAUUAGUAAAAAGAAUAACGCCAAGGAAGACAUAAAAUUGGUCGACUGUAAUAUUAAUACUUUUCUAUUUAGAGCAGUUAAAAAGGAUAUAUCUUCAAUUCAACAGAGAAAAAAAACUUACUUCCAAGUGAGGAUGAAUAAAAGUGAAAUACUUUUUACUACAAACAAACUGAAGGAAUUGUGCAAAAGGUAUGAAUACAUAUUGCAAGAUUAUAAUAUGGCGCAGGAACAGCUAGCUAGUAAGGCUAUCCAGGUAGCUUCAUCCUACUGGGACCCCACAACAAAAUUGUCGAAACUGAUAGCACAGAUUGACGUACUGAGCGCAUUCGCCUUUGUCAGCGCAUCUAGUAUUUCGGUUUAUGUUAGACCUAUUGCGGAGACUAACGGGCAGGUACUACAACUCAUAGAAUCACGACACCCCUUGGUUGAGUCCAAUUUUCUCUUAAUGAAUAAUUUUAUUCCAAAUGAUGUACACAUGAAUAAGACAGACAAACGAUUGAAUAUUAUCACGGGCCCCAAUAUGGGAGGAAAAAGUACGUACAUAAGACAGAUAGCCUUAAUAUGCUUGAUGGCGCAAAUUGGGUGCUUCGUCCCUUGCACAUAUGCUAGAAUACCUAUUUUUUCUCAGAUUAUGUGCCGAGUGGGUUCAUCGGAUAUUCAACUUAAAGGCAUAUCGACUUUUUUUUCCGAGAUGAUAGAAAUUUCAGCCAUUAUAAAGAAUGCAGAUGAGAAUACCCUUGUGAUUAUAGAUGAGUUGGGAAGAGGUACCUCCACGUACGAGGGGUUUGGUAUCAGCUGGGCUGUCGCUCAGUACAUUCUGAAGAAAAUAAAAUGCUUCUGCUUAUUUGCAACUCAUUUCCACGAAAUGUCUAACCUGGAAGAUGAAUACCAAGGGGCUACUAACAAUCAUGUGGGCGCUAAAAUUGAUCCAGAAAAAAAAAAAAUUUCCUUCCUCUAUGAAAUCAAGAAAGGCUAUGCUGAUAAGAGCUACGGAGUACAUGUGGCUCAGAUAGCCAAACUGCCACAAAACGUUAUCGACAAAGCCUUUGAAAAAUCCAAGGAAUUAGAAUCAGUUGAAAAUAGGCACUACUUUCGAAGCAAAAUGACGGGAACUAAUCAGGACGAUGUGCAGAAAAGGGACAUGCAAAACAAAACCUACGAUUUACUGCGCGACAUUUUCUCCGCAACAGAUGAGGAGCAGUUCAUUUCGCAUGUCGGGCAGCAUACCACUGCUUUGACGGAGAUCCUUCACGAGAUGUAG